UAACUCAAUGUGCUUUACAUGUUUAAGAGCGUUCAAAUACAGUAAAAUAUUUGAAAAUAAAAAGUACAAUCAAGCACUGGUGGAGUGAAAAAAAAAAAGAAAUCUCAGAUAGAAGGUUAUAUCCACAGGCGUGGAGGCCAAAGUGCUACUGGUGGAAGCAGAAAUAAUCUGGAACCUGUUUCUCUUUAAUCCUUGUUGAUUAUGGUUUGGGGGAAGGUGUGCAAGAAUCACUGUCUCUCCAGAAACUGCCCGGCCCAGCCCGAAACAAUAAAUCACACUACCAGCAGUGUCGUGCAGGAAAUGACCCCACCAAAAUAAGACGAGGGUGUGGCGACCCACCGCAGCCUCCCCCUUUUACAAUCUUUUCGUUGAGGAUGUUCCAAAGGUCCUCAAAAGGGCUGAGGAGAGAUGAACCUUGAAGAGUACUUCCAAAGAAUUGGGUUCCAGGCACCGCGCAACAAAGCGGACUUUGCUACGCUGAAGCUGAUUCAUAGGUGCCACAUCAUGUCCAUCUGCUUCGAAAACCUUGACAUGCACUGCGGCGGAAGGAUGGUCACGGACAUCGAUGUUAUUUUCGACAAAAUAGUCCGUCGGGGCCGUGGUGGCUGGUGCAUGGAGAACAACCUGCUGCUGUCCUGGGUGCUUCGAGAAAUGGGCUACGAUGUCACCGUGUUGGCUGCCAGGGUGUUUAACCGCUCCAUCGGUGACUUUUCCUCUAUGGAAAAUCACCUCAUUAACAGGGUAGUUCUUGACGGGAAAUCCUACAUAGAAGAUGUCAGCUUCGGUGUGUCGUGGCAACUGUGGGAGCCGCUGGAGCUCGUCUCCGGGAAGGACCAAGUCCAGGUGCCGGGCACAUUCCGUCUCACGGAUAAACAUGAUUUGUGGGUUCUGGAGAAGACGGGCAGGAAGCCGGAGAUUCUCAAUCCAGACUUCGCCAACUCCAAUCUGCUGACCAGGGAGACGACCAGGACCUUGUACUGCUUCAACCUGACGCCCCGGGACGCCAGACAUUUCACGGAGGCCAACCACAUUCUCCAGACGGAUCCCACAUCGCUGUUCAUCAACAAGUCCAUCUGCUCCCUGCAAACGCCCACAGGCUUCAGGGCCUUGAUUGGCUGGACCUACAGCGAGGUCACAUUCCAGGCCGAACGGGGCGUGGACGUCUACGAUAUGAAGGACGUGCCCUGUGAUGAGAUAGAGAGCCUUCUGAGAGAAAAGUUCAACAUCCGUUUACCAAACAAACUACAGCCUGUGAACAACCCCCACAAGUACACACUCUAAAACAAUGGUUCUCAAACUGGGUUCAGGGGAGCCCAAGGGGUUUGGUAAUUACACAUAAAUUUGUCAUCCCUGCAUGAAUACAUUCAUUUCAUCUCAGAAGAAAGUAUUCAGAAAAUAAAGAAACCAUUUCCAAAAUAAAAGUAAUAUUUCAAAAAUAGGUUUAUUAGCAUCUGUUAAAACAUGAAUUGUAGUAAUUUUAAAAAUAAUAUUAUAACUUCACAUUGGGAAAAUAAAAUUUUGGUCUCCUCAGA